AUGCCUGACGCACAGCCUCGCGUCCGCAGACGUGCUACUGAAGCUUGCACCUUUUGCCGAAAAAGAAAGAUCAAGUGCAACGGUCAACGCCCGUCAUGCAUCAAUUGCCAGACCUACGAGAAAGAAUGCGUCUACGAACCCGUUCCCGACGUAUCCAAAGCCGAAGGUCGGCAACGUCACCAACGCCUCAAGAGCAAAUCCGUCAAAGCGAGGACUGCGAGUCCCAGCGCUACGGUAGUCCCCGGAUCAUCAGUCACCGGUGAAAGUGAAGCAGAUAGUAGUCAGCAAAAAAGAAGAAGUCAUGAUGGCGGUAGUAGUAAUGACGCAAAGUCCAUCACCGCUGCACCUUCUGCGCGCCAACAGUCCUGGGAUUCACCAGCUUCGCAACCCAUGGAUCCAGGCGUCGCGCGUCUUCUGGUGCUAGCAAAUGGCGAAUCAAGUUACCACGGCCGCACAAGCGCGCUGUUCGAAGAUAAUGCGCAAGAUCAGGAAAGACCGGUUGAGCAGGAGAGUAACCCUCGCAUGCCGGAUCACUGGGUAGAAAGAGGUCUUAUCGCAGAGGCGGCCAAGCAGCGCCAAUUGGAGGACAUUCACUACAGCAAGGGCCAACUCGACUUUGACGGCGUCGAUCCAGACCUGGGGAUGCAUCUGCUCUCGCUCCACUGGAACCGCCAGCACCACUCAUUCCUGAUUACAUACCGCCCGGCUUUCAUGCGGGACAUGGCCAGCGGUGGACCCUACUUUUCAAAACUUUUACUCAACGCAAUUUACUUUGGUUCUUCCAAGUUCAGUCCUCGGUUGGAAGUGCGGAAAGAUCCUAAUGAUGUACGCACUGCAGGAUGGCGGUAUCGCGAGAGGGUGCGAGAACUACUCGGUGGUUCGUUGGAUAGGAGUGAUAUUACUACUAUCCAGGCGUUGCUUGUCAUGACGAAUUCUUUGUUUGCGUUGGGUGAUGAGAGGAGUGCUGCGUGGUUGUAUGCUGGUCUUGCGUUUAGGAUGUUGAUUGAUUUGGGACUACACGUUGACUUGACGAAUUCACAGUUAUUCUCCGAUGAGGAUCUUGAGAUUCGUCGUCGGGUGUUUUGGAGUGCUUUCGUGGUCGACAAGAUCCAAAGUCUUUACCAAGGCCGCCCCGUUACUCUCAAAGAAGCAGACGCGAUGGUGCCCAUCAAAUUCGUCGACACAUACUCCGAACUUGAAUUCUGGCAACCCUUUGCUUACUCGACGUCUAAGAACAACUACACCGGUUCACCAGCGUACAGCAUCUCGACUUUCACCGCGCUAUGCAAAUUGUCAAUCGUGAUGAGCGAUAUCAUGAGUACUAUCUACACGGUACGAACCACGGAGCAGAACCCGGGCGAGUUGUCCAAGAUGUUGGAUAAGUUGCAGACGAAAUUGCGUGAGUGGCAGGAUGCUUUGCCUGAUCAUCUCAAGCCGGAGGUGAUAAAUCAGCCUGGUGCUGAAGUUCCCCCGCCUCAUGUUUUGAGUCUUCAUGCCAUGUACAAUGUCCUCGUCAUUCUCCUCCACCGUCCCUUCGUCGCAGACGGUCACCUCUACAACACCUUCCGCUCCAUUUCCGUCGACUCAGUGAUAAAAUGCUCCGCCGCAGCAUCAAGCAUUUGCAGUUUACUACGCGCUUACCAUCGCGCAUUCUCCGUCCGUCGCGCACCCUAUCUCAUCUCCUACGCAACCUACGUCGCAGCAACAAUCCACUGCCGCAUCGCCGCGAAAAACGGCAAGGGCUCUACAGCAUAUCUAAAUCUUAUGACAUGUCUCGCAGUGUUCAAAGAGAACCAAGAGACUAAUUCCGCUGUUCAAAAAGCUGCAGUUAUUAUUCAUCGGUUGAUGAGCAAGUAUGGUGUUGUGGUGGAGGAUAUUCCCGAUGACGCACUAGAAGCGGAACCAGCGACGCGCACACGGGAUCAACAGCCUCAACCACAACAACGGCCACAGCAAGUCACAAACUUCGAAGGUCCACCUACAAAUCCCCAAAACGAAACAUCACCACAAGCAGUUCCCACCGUGGAAGUAAACAGCACCAGCGCCGUUCCCUCCCCAGGAUCAGACUGGAUCAACAUCGACGGCAUCAUUCAAAGUUUCCUCCGCGACAGCGACCCUAACAUGAAUCCCGAACUAGCCACCUACGGCCCGAACCAAAACCAGAUCGGACCUCAGUUCCAACCCCCGAAAAUACCUCAGGAUGGAGAACAUUACCUACACCAGCAACAACCCGUGUACUUCCCCGCAAAUAACUUUCCCGCGGGUAUGAAUCCGCCUCCUGUCAUGGAGAUGGAAUGGGGUCAGAACCAGUACUGGUCAUCCAAUCAAGAUGCGGCGUUUUUGGAGGACCCCAUUUUCGGGUUUAACGGGUCUAAUUCGGGUCAGUUUCAGUACAUGGGUCGUUGA